GUAAUUUAUCUUUAGUUUUCUUUUAUUUUUCAUGCAUUUGCUUUAAAAGUUUGUGUGUUUGUAAUUUUAGUAUUUAACAGUUUUAUAUUUUCAAUUCCAAUUGAUAUUUUACCGUUUGUCAACAAUUUCCGAUUUGGAAUAUGGGAAGAAUCAGAAGAGAUGCUUUGGAUCUGGAGCUUUUACUAUUAAUAGAAACGAAGGAAGUUGAAUUUACUGGACCAAAGAGGAUCGGGUGUUUUUCAACUUGCUAUGGCAAAGGAAAUGAACUGGUUUAUCGAACUGAUAACUCAUCACAAAGAUAUUUAGUCUCGACUGAAUUGAACGAGCCGCUGUAUUGUCUCGAAGGAUUCAAUCCUGAUACUGAUAAAUGUUUACUUCCAAUUACAUGGCCAGAUUUCUUUCGCUGGAUUAGUUCAAAUGAGGAAAUCAUUCAUCGCUCAAGAUUGGACAAAUCAAAAUCAUCGAUAGAUUUCAUCUGUUCAAACGCCGUUAUGAAACAUAUAAUGCUUUCGCCCUUCACUGAAGUUGAUUGGAUUAUCAAUGCUAUUAAAAUUAAAAGGACCAUCUUCAUGUUUGUUACCGAUAUAGAUCUAUCAAAAAAGAGGAAACAGCAGUCCGACAAUAAUACUCGUCAGAAUAAACUUGCCUAUUCAAGGUUCAAAGUAAUCAAGAAGAUAACUAAACAAGUUGCAGAGAGGGAAUCAGACUCAAACACGGAAUUGGACGUUCUCAGCACUGUAUCUAUUUCAAAGAUUGGUCAACAUCAUGUACUGCACUUAGGUAAUUCUGAGUUUGUUUUAAGCAAAGAUGAUGUAGAGAAGCCAAUUGAUCAAGCCAGCUUUGCAGCUCUGAAACUCGUGCCAAACCUGUACAAAGGAGAUAACAAAGAUUUUAAUAUCAAGGAUUACCGUCUUAUGUAUUGGUGGGCAUCUGCUCUGCUUUGUGGCGUCGAAACACUUAUCUGUGGAGAUCUUAAUGAGGAUUAUAAUCUUCGCGAAUUGGAUGUUCUUCCAGCCAGUAUACUCAACGAAAAUUAUUUAGCCAGUCAGAAAAAAUGUUUCAUUGCAUUGGACAAAAUUUUAGAUUUCAUAAAAUCUAAAGUUAAAAAAAGCAACAAGUUUUACGAUGUCCAUUUCAAUGCUAAAAAAGCUAGUAGAGAGGUUACCGCGUCUCUUUCAGUUAGUCUCUUUGAAGAUUUAGCUUCGUCAAAGAUUCCUGUUUCUCUUAACAUGCUCAAAAAUUUGAAGUUUGAAGCAACCAAAAACACAAGUCGUGUCAAUGCUUAACAACCACCUUGUAUUCAUUAUUUUAUUUUAAAAUUUAAGAUUGCUUGUAACUUAUUUCAUACCAUCUUGACUUUGGAAUACAUUAUAUUAUGGAGUAUAUUAUAUUUUGAA